GUUCCUGUGUGUGGACGCGGUUCCUAUCGGAGCUGCUGGAUGUGUGUCACGGACUUUGGAGGAGGACAAGCGGCUUUAUUGGUGCGGGCUAACGGUAGCGGCUAAAGCUAGCAGCGCCGGGGAACAACAUGUCCAGACUUGUUCCAGACGGAGCGGAGCGGCGACACGGCCGCCAUGUGGCCGCUUAACAGCCUUCUAAGUCAUUAACCGAGAAAUAAAAUGGAUUACAAGUUCCCGGAGCAGCUUUUCCCGUCGUUUUACAACCUCGGGCCGCCGGACUCGGUGUCGGGCUUCUACGCUGGGAGCUGGGGCAGCUACGACCGAGUCAGACCGCAGGGCGGUUCUGGUCGACUCUCCAGCUGGACCUUGACAGCCAAACACCAGCCCAGAGGGGAGUCGUGGCGUCACACCGAGCCGGCGCCGGUUCCCCUUCUGUCGCCCAGAAAAGAUCUAGAAAACCAAAGAACCGCUUUAACGUCGGCGUCCGUUGGCUUUGUGCACAUUCAGAUGGAGAACUUCUUCCUGGAUCACUGCUACGACGCCUUCGGCUGCAUGAGCGACCUGCUGGGAGAGAAGUUCGACUUCAGCGGGAACAAGAAGACGCAUCGUCGCAGCGAUUCGGUCCAGAUGGGCCACGUGAAGAGGUUCCUGCACAGGAUGAACUUUAAAAUAUGUCAGCAGUCGUACGAGUCGGUGAAGAUGAAGCGCUACAGCCUCCUGAUGCCGGACGUCGUCCACGUCGUCCCUCCUCAGCUGCUCGGCUCGCUGCUGCACGAGGAGCUGACGGAUCGUAGGGACGGGCUGCUGUUCCCCGAAGGAACCACGGGGGGCGCUCUGGCCUUCGUCCCCUUCUCCCCCCAGAGCGACGCCCGGCGGGGCUGCCUCGUCUACCCGGGACACCAGGGCCUGGACCGCCUCCAUUUCCACAAGGUGGCGCUGCAGCACCGCCGAGGCUCUUCGUCCUCCGUGGACGCCGACGGCAGCCCGUUCAGCUUCCAGCUCAAAGGCUCCAUCAGACAGAUCAGCUGCAGCUCGCUCUCCCCCGAAUGUUGCGUCGGCGUUCGGUCGGAUUACUUCUGUGGCGUUUGGAAGUUCAGCGAAAGAAACGAACCGCGUCUGCUGCAGGUGGUCGAGACGUCGGAGGUGGCGACGUGCAUCAACGUCAGUCCUCAUAUUUUAGGCGAAGUCCUGGUGGCGAGCGAGAGCGGCGCCGUGAAGCUGUGGACCGUCGGCAAAGGGAUGCAGGCGGUCCGGACGGAGGACGCCAACCUCUACUUCAACGCCAAGUCCCCGUGGAGGUGGUGCGAGUUCUCGGCCCACCCGAGGGUGAUGCUGUACGCCGACAGGACCGGGGUGGAGCUCACCGACGUCAGGACGAAUCCAGCCUCCAGCCACACCCUGUUUCGGAUCAGCAGCGCCGCCGAGUGUCGGAGCGGAGAGCGACUCGUCUUGUCCAGGUAUCUGGGAGACGCUCACAGCUUCCAUCACCUCGUCACCACGCAGUACUCGGCCUACAUCAUGGACGAGCGUUUCCCCGGCGUGCCGAUGCUCAAAUGGGAUCACAUGAUGGAGUCCCCGCCGAUGUCUUGUCACGUCGUUCCCGGCUCUUCCCCCUCCGGCUCGGGCGAAGAAAGAACCACCAAGGUUCUGCUCGGAUCCCACUUCUCCCAGGAAAUCACAAUGCUGCAGUACUCAGGAGGCAGAGCCGAGGCUUGUUCCAGUCGAGGUCCUCCUCAGGCUCUGCUCAGACCCAGAGAGAGUCUGAAACACCUCCCGGUCCAGAUCCCUCAUCGCCUGGAUACCGCCACCAACAGACUGUCCUCACCUGCCGCAGGUCUCACGUGUAUCCAGAAGAAAUCCGGUGGAGACGAGUGUCUGUGCGUCCUACAGCUGACGGCAGCAGGAGAUAUCUUCUAUCAGAUCCUGGAGCCCGAGCAGCCGGACGCCGAAACGUCUCGACCUCCAGCAGCCGAGGACGAACCCCAGCAUCAGCAAGCAGCUUCAGCAGAGCAGCUUCCACCAGAGCUGGUCGUAGCAGACACGUCGAGCGAUGAGGAUGUGAUCGGGCCGACUCAGUGCGUGCAGAGGGUUGUUCCUGAAACACCAGAGAGAAGCCCGAUGCUGAGCAUGGACUCUGAGGAUUCAGAGUUGGAGUCCAAAAGCCGAUACCUGAAGCGUUUGGCUCUGCAGGUCGUCGUCAACAAUGAGCCAGAGCUGGACCGAGGGAGUGAUCUGGAAGCAAGUGUGAAAGAAAGUGGAAAUGUGGCCGAAGAUGUAGCCGAAGAUGCCGAGGAACCCAACCGCGUGGAGGGAACCGUAAAUGGCUCGAGUCGAGCUGUUCCUCCUCGGCGACGGAGUCCAGUGAAGCUCAGCAGCAGCAGUCUGGUCACGUGGAAACACUGGCUGCAGAAACUAAUGCACGUAAGCUGUGACAGGAAGUCACACUCGCAGCACUUCCAAGUCCAAACUGAAGGUUUGCUGCAACUGUCCAACAGACAGGCUUCAGAGAAGGAGCACGUGCAAAGCUUGAGGGAAGAUCUGAAGUCGUGCAUGUCCAGACGCUCGCUGCUGGUUGACGGCGUCGCCUCGGCCCCCCUCAGAGCUCCAGAUGUGGUACCACUGCCCAACCAGGUGGACGAAGAGGCCUGGACGGAUCGACUCAGUCGCCGGCUGACGGUGUCCUGGCAGGGCGAGGAGGCGUGGAGGUCCUGGUGGAAGGAGGAGCUGGGGAUGAACCGGGAGGAGAAGAUGCAGGCUCUGAGGAGGAAGAGGAGGAAGGAAAAGGAGGCGAAAAGAGCCGCCGGCGGUCGGUUGAAGCUCACCGGGAGCUUCACCUCAUCCGUCAGCUACCAGUCGGCGCUGGACGACCUCUCCGAUUUGUCCGGCUGGUCUUCGGCUACGAGCCAGAUGGGGUGGUCGGACAGAGAGGGUCGGCGGAUGUCGUCUCAGGUGGACGACUUUUGGGAGAAUGCAACACCUUCCACCGCUCAAAACGCCGCCUUGACUCCCACCCCGACUGUCACGCCAACCGCCACGCCGACCACCACGCCUCAGAAAGCUAAAGAUGGACGAGGUGACCAGCAGACUCCCAGCAGACCUCCGACCUUCUCCAGCUCCCAGAAACAAACCUCAUACCCAACGCCAACCGGUCCGAGGAGGAACAAACGCUCUGCAGACGAAUACCUCAACUCUCUGUUUGCAUCACAGGUAUGA